AAUUUUCAACAAAUCAGUACUGUUUCCAGUCUGACUACGACAAAAUGCAUAAAACUGGGUCGCUGACGCUAGAUUUACGACUAACUUUAGCCAGCAUAUUGGCUUUAUGCAGUCUGGUGCCGCAAACUGCGGCGGAACGUGGCGCGAAUGGACGCGGUAGAGAGGAACAAAUUAUGCGCAAUGCCAAGGCAGCAGAGGUGCUGAAAUACAUGAACCCAACGGCUGAUCCGUGCAAUAACUUUUAUGACUUCGCAUGCGGUAAUUGGUCACAAUAUCAACCGGAGCUGCGAGAGGGCGACGCGCCGAUAUCCGUACAAACCCAGUUACUUCAGCGCGCACAAAAGGACGUACAAAUGCUGCUCGAGGGCGGCGUACGCAGCAAGGGUCGCCCGAAUUUGGAUGAGCGUAAAGUUAAAGAAUUCUACAAGUCGUGUUUAACCGUCGAACGCUUCUCGACGUUACAGCAAGCUUUCCUCAUGAAUUUCAUAAAGGAAUAUCACGGCUUACCCUUGCUAGCGGGCACCAACUGGAAUAUGAACUACGAUUGGGUGCAGGUGAUUGCGCGUCUGCGUCUAAACUAUGGCUUUGACUUUUUGAUUGGCAUGGAGGUGGAGAAUAAUGGCAAAGCGGUGAUACAGUUGACCGAACCGACCACGUCGUUGAUACCGCGACAUUUGUGUAGUGCCGGUGCAAUUGUCGAAGCGAAGGAUCGCGAAGAAGUGACGGCACAGCUGCAAACUGACAUUGCCAAGGACUUGCAGACUUGGUUUGGAUUGAGAGAAGAGGAAACGGAACGCGUCGGUGGUGAUAUCAUACGUUUCGAGUUUGAAUUGUGUAGAUAUAUGAGAGAGGAAGAAUCGUUGCCGCCAUCCGAGGAUGAAAACACCGAACCGCAAGUUUAUGAGGGACACGAUUUGACACGUCUGUCAAAACAAUUUGGACACAUUAUCAAUUUCAGAAAGUAUUUGGAAACCAGUCUCAACUCAACCGUUGCAAACACGGAGAUCGUCAUGAAAUCUCAGCGUUAUUUCCAACAAUUAGCGCACAUAGCACGCUCAAACCCUCGACCAACACUAACCAAUUACAUAAUGUAUCGUGCGCUGUCGGAAAUCAACUUACCACGCAAUGAGACUAGCAACCCGCGUGCGGGAUAUUGCGCACAAUUGGUUAUGCGCUAUUUUCCCAAAGUUAUCGGUGAAAUGUAUAAGAAUAGAUAUCAACGCAGCGAAAUUAGAAGCAAUGUCGAGCAACUGUUCGCCGAUAUCAAAGAAACAUUCGGUGAUUCUUUAAAUGUGAAUGAUUUGUCGAAUAACGCACAGAAUGCGUUGCGUAACAAACUGCUGGCAUAUGAAACGUUAAUCUUCCCCACCUACAAGGGUAUGAACUUACGCGAUCUGCCGCUCGAACACACCAAUUUCUGGCACAAGCAAGAUAUCGCCAUGAAGUUCAAGGGCUACAAAGAGCGUCAACGUUUCUAUGGUGGUGAUGCCGAGUUAGAUGAUAGCAUUGUACAAGCUUAUGAUGUGCAUAUGAAGUUGUUGGAUAACGGCAUCAUGACCGGUUGGGGUCUGCUGCAACCGCCUUUCUAUGAUUACAACUACGCGAACUCCCUAAAGUACGCAUUACUGGGUCCACUUAUAGCACGUGAGCUGGCAGGCGCCCUAAUACCCGAUGCGCAGCAGACUGAGCUUACACGUGAUGAAUCGAUUUUGGAAAUUUUCAAUAAUGUCACCGAAUGCUAUCGCAUGCAGUACAGCAACUAUUUGUAUAAUAUACCGAAUGUAUUCUACAAUGCAACCAAAUUGCGUGAACUUAUGACCGAUAGUGCCGGUUUGAAUGUGGCUUUCCAAGGCUAUCUGCGCUGGCUGUCGUCGAUGGAUCCGAUCAAUCGGCCACAACUCUUGCGUGAAACAUUGCCGGGUGUUGACUUUACAAAUACACAGUUAUUUUUCAUCGUUUUCGCACAAUCCCGUUGUCAUGCCAAAUAUAUGGAGGAACCGCCGCCAACCUUUCUGCCACUGGAUACACACACCGAGGAGCUUUUCAAUGUGAAUGGCGUCUUGGCAAAUAAUGUGGAGUUUGCGCGUGAAUUUGGCUGUGCGCUGGGCACCGAUAUGAAUCCCGACGACAAAUGUACAUUGUUUUGAAUUUGAGUAAUUAAAGUACAACUAGUUGAGAUUGUAUAUUUUAAUUGUUAGUUUGGGUAUUUGGACCAAAUUCGGUGAUUGAUUUGAUGUUUAGUUAAUAUUUUUUAAAAUUAUUUGAAUUUAUUUUAACAAGUAAUAGUGGAAAAAUGUUUAUAAAUCAUGAUAACGGUAAAAAGUUACUAAGUUAGCGAAUUUGGUCUGAAUAUCUUCACUGUUAUUUAUUGUUUUUUUUUAAUUCGAUAGCAGAUAUAGUAAAUAAAAAAGUUAUAAAAAUCAUGUUUCUUAUUAAAUGUGAAUCAUAAGCUUAUGAGGUGGCUUUGAAGCAAAACACUAUAAACGAAAAUAAAAUAGAUUUUAAUAAAACCUAAAUUUGAAAUUCCAUUAUAUCAUUUAGUUGCCAAAUGUAUGCUCGUGUUUUUGAAGGUAAGGUCUAACUACAAAGCAAUUGAAUUCAAUUCUAGUUUCGUUGUUUCAGAGAAACUUAACGAAAUUCGCAGUUUAAUAUAUUCGAAAAUUAUGGAUGAAUUUUACUUCUCAAACGUAUGUCUUAUAUCAAAGGAAAGCACGGCUGUGUUUCAAAACCAAAAAAAAAUACUACUUAUCCCAGAAAACACAAAAAUGAACGACAUUUGUACUACAGCACCACCUAGCGGGGGUUUCAGAUAAAAGCAAACGUCGAAAUUUGUUUCCUCGGCCCGAAAAACGGUAAUAUACAAGAAAGAACUGUACCCCGAUUUAUCAUCUUUAAAUAAUAUUUUUGAAAUUAAAAAAAAAAAAAAUAUUUUUGAAAAUUAAAAAAAAAAAUUUCUAAUUUUUUAAAAAAUAUUUCCCAAUUUUUUAUGAAAGUACAUUGUUCUACUCUCAUUAAAUAAAGUAAACACCAAAAGAAAAAAAAAAUAA